AGGUGGUAUGAAAAUUUGGUGGAUUGUUAUGCUCGUUUUGCCGAGCCAAGUACAGCGGUAACGCGUCGGAGCAUCGAAGUGCGGGUUGAUCUGCCCCAGACGGAUGUGGUUCAUAGCCAGAUAUAGAAGGUCGUGUGAACUUCGCCCCAGCUCAAGUCUUGAAGGGCAACUGCUGGCAGCCCAUAUUCCGGGUGUGGACAAAAACAAUACCCGGGGUUAUGAAAGGAUGGCUAGAUAUUUUAUGCUGCGCCCAUCGCACGGUCUAGGCUCGGGUGGAAUCUGCAUGUGUUCUCGACGUCGAGACUUAGACUAGUUCUUCGCCUGCCUGCACUCGAAAUUGCAGUGAUGAACUUACCACAAAAAGAAAGCAAAAAGUGUGGUGAAUCGAGGGUUGUCUAAAUCCAGUCGCGAACUGCUAUGCCAUGGGAGCCUUUUGUAUGAAUGGCAGUACUGGAAGUGGAGCGAUGCUGCUAUCCUGAUCCUACUGGAGGAGGAAGUGGAGAGCCUUCAGUUCGUCUGGGGACAAAGACAAGAGACGGAGCUGCUGCGAGGAUAAAGAUAAAAAGGGGUCUCAACAUCCAGGCUUUCCCAGGGGAGAAAUCAGACAUGUGGCAGAAACGUGGGUGGUCAAGGACUCAAGCAGGCAGACGGUCAGUCCAGUCCUUCGGCUCCCCAGAGUCCCCCCUCCCUCUGCCUACUUGCCUGCCCUCGAAUUGUUCCGGACAACUUCCAGUCGCUUGUAGCAGCGCGAAAGGGCAUGUCUGCCUGCCUCUCAUGCGUGCUCCAGCGCAGCGUCAGGUCAAAGAAUGCAGCACCUUGGUUUUCCUUCAUCCUCAUCCUUCUCCGCGCUUUUUUAAAGCUGUACUCGAUCAAGGAUUCUUUCCUCCUCUUGCUUCUUCGAGUCUGGUAUUCUUGUAUCACCAAUGAAAUCACAAACUUUCUGACCUACUCUCACGAAUUUCACAUGAAUUUCGUGAACAAAGAUUCAUGGUCUUGUAGAACCGAUCAUCUUUAUUUUUCUCCGAAAUAUUCAAUGACAUAGGUAGAGUCUGCAGAAAUCUCUCAUUAAAUCUUUGCAGAACUCGUCUGCAUCAAAAUCAUUGUGAGCUUGUGAAGUAAUCAAAUCGGUCCUUGCACAAAUAAAGGUGGGCACUGAGGUCAAGUAACAAAGACAAUUUGGAUGCUGAUUUUGAGGAUAGGAAAUCGAGUCCAGAUGCAACAAGAACAGAUGGAAGCAGAUCAUGCUCCUGAAAUACACGUGACGCAUGACUCGCCUCCGUCACUGGCUCGGACUCAGCAGGUUCACUUUCUAACACCCAAGGGCUGCGUUCAAUCUCAUCGACCCGUACAGAGUUAGCAUCUCCCAACACAACUCAGGUUCACCGGAGAGAACCUUGAGGUUUUCAAAGGUGCGGUGGUACACAUUCUUGGCCUCUAACAGUAUUGGUAAGCGAUUUUGAUUCACCAACAUGGAGCGGAUAUCACCAGAUUGAGUAUGGUUUCGAUCACCAUGCAUCAUGCAUUUUACAAACCUUUAAAGAUGUGAUUUUGUUUUGACCGCUGCUCUGCAUGCAUACCGUACGAGUACUUUGAUAAGGAUGUGCAUUACACUUGAUGAUCUGUUUGGUAUGGUUUUAUUCGAGAUUUUUUUAUAUUCUUUAUUAUCAGUGGAAUAGAUGAUACACCAUGCUUUUAGACAAGUACAAAUUGACACAGAAACCAUAAGCAUCCAUAUCUUUGUUGAUGAUUUCAUAUUUGUUAAUAGACAUCAACGAUCUCUUAUGCAGCACUUUGAGAGUCUUCUGCUAGCAAUGGUUUCGUACAGUCUCCACUAGAUUUGCUAUUUAGGUGGAACAAGACCACCACACUAGAUUUACUGGAGCCUCCAAUGCAAACCUGUAUACACCUCUUAAGACGGUUAUCAUCUAUCUUCUUAGUCCAAUGACGUCUUUCAAUUUUACUUCGGAGUUUCUUUACGAAUAAUUUCC